GUUGGUCAAGUAGUACGUGCUAUUUGUUUGUUGGAUCAUCCAAUCAGCAAUACAAAGGAUGCCCUUUCCACUCAGAUUAUCAUCCCGCAGAAGCAAGUUAAUAGGAGUUCUGAUAUUUACGUAUCUUUGGUGUCUUACACCCAUCAAGUAGCAGCAAAGGGGUGGUUUAUAGCAAUGGUCAGCACCACAGUUGAAACUGACAAUCCUGAGGCUGAAAUUCUUCCAGGGCUUAACCUUCUGGGACCCAUAAAGCAGAAGUUUGUGAUUGUUUCACCAAUAUAUAAACCACUUGAAGACGGUCAGGAGAAUCAAAUUUUUAUAUCUGAAUCAUAUGAUGCCACAUCUCACUUUGAGACAACGUGCUUGGAUGUUUUAUCUAUCUACCGCCGUGGCACUGGCGAGGACUUUGAUUUCUCUAAGGUGAAGCACAAUUUGGGUGAUGAAGAACUGUAAGGUGCCCUGUACACUCCUUUCCUCCUUCCCACAUGUAAUUGACUGGCUCUCUAGGUUGGUGUGUUUCAGGUCAAAGGUUUGGCCACUCAAACUGCCAUGCCUAUUCUGCCUGCUGCUUCCCUAGGUAGCCGGUAUUGUGAUUACACGUCACACUAUCACACCAUUGAAAACAUGCAUACACUUAUCAUUUGAUACUGGGGAAAACACAUCAGCAUUCUAUGUUUUGUUAUACCAAAGCUAACUUAAUUUGAUUAUAUAUACAUAUAUAUGUAUAAUAUAAAAUAUAUAUAUAUAUAUAUAUAUA